AUGCCGAAACGUACACUGGAAGAUACAGAAUUGAAUCCUAGAGAUAAUUACAUCAAGGUCUCCUCCAAGAAAAGUCGCAAAGAAAAGCGAGAAAAGAAAUCUAAAGAUGCCGAAGAGCCAGCCACAGACUCGACCCCGAUUGAUAUUGAGGUAGAGUCAAAGGAAGCUCGUAGGGAGAGAAAGAGACUCAAGAAGGCGAAAAGAGCUCAAGAAGCAGAGGAGGAGCAAUUGCCUGAAGGUAAUGCCAUUGAGUCGACGUCGGAUGCCGAUGCUGCUGCAUGUAUUAAAGCUGCUAAAAAGGCCGAAAAGGCGCGAUUGAAGGCAUUGAAGAAGGAAGGCAAGGAGGAGAAAGUCGACAUUCCCGAAUCUACUGAUUCUGCAACUCCUAUAAGUGUUGCUCCACAGCAAAAUGGGACAACAUAUACAGAAGAUUAUAAUCUGAGUGGCUUGCCACAGAGCGAAAUAGACUCAUUCCUGACCACAAACUUCAUCACCAUCACCGAUCCAUUAUCUGCCUCCGCUGCUCUAAGACCUUUGAUAAAGUUCGACUACUUACCAAUCACCGACUCUGCCCAACGAGCUCCAUUUAAGGACUUCAAAGCCCCAACUCCAAUUCAAGCUGCGGCAUGGCCGUUUUUGCUGGCUGGCCGCGAUGUAAUUGGUGUUGCGGAGACGGGUUCGGGCAAAACGAUGGCAUUCGCCGUGCCUUGUGUACGGUACAUGUCAUCUCUACCAAAAAAUCAAAAGAACAAAGGUCCCAGGGCUGUUGUCGUAUCGCCGACUCGAGAAUUGGCAAUGCAGAGUUAUGAGCAGAUCGUGAAACUUGCAAAGGCGUCUGGGCUUGAAUGUGUCUGCGUAUAUGGAGGUGUUCCCAAGGACGAACAGAUAAGAGCAUUGAAAACUGCGGACAUCGUCGUUGCCACUCCCGGUCGUCUCAACGAUCUUAUCAAUCAAGGAUGUGCAGACUUGAGCAAGGCUAGAUAUGUCGUUCUUGAUGAAGCUGAUCGUAUGCUGGAUAAAGGUUUUGAGGAAGAAAUCAGGAAGAUUAUUAAUACCACACCUUCUCUUGGAAAACGACAGACGCUCAUGUUCACGGCCACUUGGCCCGAGUCUGUUCGCGAGUUGGCUUCCACCUUCAUGACCAGCCCUGUUAAAAUCGCCAUUGGCGACAAUCCUACGGGAGAUCUUCGGGCCAACUCCCGCAUCGUUCAGAAGGUUGAGGUUGUGGAACCAAGGGACAAGGAAUACAGACUCAUGCAACUGCUAAAGCAAUAUCAAAGCGGUAGUCAAAAGGAUGACCGGAUCCUGGUCUUUUGUUUGUACAAGAAGGAAGCGACAAGAGUGGAGGGUUUCAUCAGACAGAAGGGGUUCCGAGUUGCUGGAAUCCAUGGUGAUUUGAGUCAGGAACAAAGGACGAGAAGUUUGGAGGCUUUCAAAAGUGGUAAUACUCCAGUUCUGGUGGCCACAGAUGUCGCAGCUCGAGGUCUAGAUAUCCCUGCUGUCAAGCUAGUCAUCAACUGCACGUUCCCUCUUACCGUGGAAGAUUAUGUGCACCGCAUCGGUCGAACUGGUAGAGCUGGCAAAGAUGGAUUGGCGAUUACAUUAUUCACUGAGCAUGACAAGGCUCAGUCUGGCGCGUUAGUAUAA